AUGGGUUGUGUAUCAUCGCAUCUAUUAAAUCAAGACGACGAUUUCACCCAAAUCGGCAGCUCCGCCUUGGGCCACCACAUCGUCUCUCUUACCUCCACCACAUACGGUCUCUUAACUCUCGACCCAUCAUCCUCCCCGACCACCGUACCCCCCACUCCACCGCCGCGUUUCACCCUCAGCUCAUUCUUCCCCUCCCCAUCCCCACUCUCUGAACCCAACUCCGAUCCAAAUCCACCGCCUGAAGUCAUUAACUCAUGGGAACUCAUGGCUGGCCUCGAUUCCACCGCCGAUAGCUUCCGUUUCUCCCCACAACCGUCUAAACCUUCUCCUUUCAGAUACGCCCUUCUCGAUUCAGAAAACGUAAACCCCACCAAAGAUCCCUCAAGCCCUAAUUAUAAAAACCCUAAAUUUGUCAAAUCCUUAGCGUCUAAACCAAAUUUCCUGGAUAAAUUUGAUGCACUGUGUCCGCCGAAGGGAGGGAACAAGGUAGUGAUCUAUACCACGACAUUGCGAGGGGUGCGGAAGACAUUUGAAGCUUGUAAUGCAGUCAGAGCAGUGAUCGAGGGAUUUGGGGUGUUUUUCUGCGAGAGAGAUAUAUCAAUGGAUCGAGGUUUUAGAGAAGAGCUUUGGGAACUCAUGAAAGGGAAAGAUAAGCACGAAUUGGUGCCACCUAGGGUGUUUGUAAAAGGGAGGUAUGUGGGUGGAUCCGAUGAGGUUUUGAGAAUAGCGGAAGAAGGGUGUUUGGGUAAAUUGCUUGAAGGUUUACCCAAAUCAAAACCAGGGUAUGUAUGUGAGGUUUGUUGUGGUUCAAGAUUCUUGCCAUGUCUUACUUGUAAUGGAAGCUGUAAAAUGGUGAUGGUUUUGAAGAAAGAGAUUGAUGGAGAAGAAUUGGGGAAGACUGUGAGGGUGCAAUGUAGCGAUUGUAAUGAGAAUGGACUGGUUCGUUGCCCCAUUUGUAGUUGA